UCACUUCUUAUCUGUAGUCUAUGAUUAUAAUAUGACAUCUUCAGCUACAUCAUACUUUUGUUGUGUUUGGGUGACAGUAUUGAUAAUAUUACUAUAGUAAUAUAAUUUUUGUAAUAUAUUGGUGUCUAAUUGUUUACAAAUGCCUUUAAUUCUUUUCAACAUUUGGAUGAAGAAGAGGGUUUGUUAUAUUUUUAUCAAUGGACCUUGUAAGUGAAAGGUUAGGCAAUGGAGGAAACAAGAAAUGAUGUUCAAGACACUGCAUCAUCCUUAGAAGCUGUGUGUGCGGGAUGUUUGAAUGUGAUUUCCGAGGAGGAAUUUAUUCAAGCCUUAAAUCAAGAGUGGCACUUGGAAUGCUUCAGGUGUUCUGCUUGCGAUGCUGCUCUGUCUAGUUGGUAUUUUGAGAAAGAUGGUCUACUUUUUUGUAAAGAAGAUUACUGGACAAAAUACGGCGAAUGUUGUCAAGAUUGUGGCCAGAUAAUCACAGGCCCUGUGAUGGUGGCGGGAGAUCACAAAUUCCAUCCGGAGUGUUUUCUCUGCACUUCCUGUGGAAACUUCAUUGGUGAUGGGGAAUCUUACGCUCUUGUCGAACGCUCAAAAUUAUACUGUGGGCAGUGCUACAAGCGCCAAAUGCAGCCGCUUGGCAAAUCGUCGGCAUCGCCAUAUGUGCGUAAACCUCAUUCUAUAAGACUGGUUGAAAUUCCGCCUUCAAGUGGCGCUCAGAGGGGAAUUAAAUUGAGCAUGGAGACUUCGGAAGGGUUACCAAUCAGCCCUGAAUCCUACGGCUGCAGAGGACUGAGAAUCUCGGAACUUCUGAGUGUCAUUCACGGCAAGUUGGGCAAAUUUGCAGUUUCUCUCCUAGCAGCUGCCUUUAGGCUUUGCUGCCAUUUAUCAUGUAAUAGAUUAAAUAUGAGUAGUGAUCUGAUGUCCCUUCACAUUGGGGAUAGAAUUUUAGAAGUGAAUGGCACUCCAGUAAAGGACCAACCCAUUGAGAACAUUGAGAAUCUCUUGCGGUAUUCGGACACUGUGUUGCAGCUCACUAUUGAGCAUGAUCCAGAUGCUAUUAAUCGGAGACGAACUGGUUUUCCUUACUCGACCACUGUUCCUUCAAGCAAUGGCUUUCGGAGUCAUGCUGAGCGUGAAAGACUUUUCAAGCGAAGAGACGAAGGCUACAUCAGCGGCUCUCGCAGUCGACAACUUCGGCGAGGGAAAGGAAGUAGCAGCAGCAAGGAAAGAUCAUCGUCAAUGUCCCGCAUUUUGGACGGUGAUGUUUUCAGAUCUCCUCCAGUCAUGCGAGAUUCUUGUGAUCUUUCACGCACGAGAUCUUUUCGAGUAGAGCCAAAGAGUCAACGAAUUUUUAGAGCAUCGGACCUUGUGAAAGGUGAACUGUUGGGCAAAGGUUUCUUUGGACAAGUGUAUAAAGUAACUCAUCGAGACACAAAUGAAGUAAUGGUACUUAAAGAGUUGUACAGAGUGGAUGAAGAGGCUCAAAAAAACUUCCUGAAGGAGGUGGCAGUGCUGCGCAGCUUGCACCACAACAAUGUUCUUCGUUUCAUUGGUGUUUUGUACAAAGACAAGAAACUUAACUUAGUUACUGAAUUCAUAUCAGGAGGCACACUAAAAGACUUGGUUCAUGACCUUUCAGAGCCUUUACCUUGGGAACAGAGAGUGAGCUUUGCCAAAGAUAUUGCAUCUGGCAUGGCAUAUUUACAUUCCAUGAACAUUAUACACAGGGAUCUGAAUUCUCAUAACUGUUUAGUAAGAGAGGACAAGACAGUAGUAGUGGCAGAUUUUGGGCUUGCUAGAAUAAUUUCUCAAAACAGUGCUGUCAGCGUGAGUGCUGAAAGGCGUAGAUAUGGAGGUCGCAGAUGUGAGCGAAAAAAACGCUACACUGUUGUAGGCAAUCCUUAUUGGAUGGCUCCUGAAAUGAUGAAAGGCAACAAGUAUGAUGAGAAAGUUGAUAUUUUCUCAUUUGGCAUAGUUUUGUGUGAAAUUAUUGGAAGAGUUCAUGCUGACCCAGACUUUCUGCCUCGUUCUUCAGACUUCGGCUUGAAUCAGAUAAUAUUCUGUGAAAAGUUCUGCAGUAGUUGCCCAGAGCCAUUUUACAGAUUAGCCUUCCUAUGCUGUGAUCUCAAUCCUGACAAAAGGCCGCCGUUUGAAGUCCUAGAAGUGUGGCUGGAAGGAGUGGCUAUGCAUUUAUCUGUGGGUAUGCCUCUGCCCCAGAACCUUGAGUUCGACAUCUACAACUACAAAGGGAGAAGUCCCAGCUCGUCAGAGUCCACGACCCCGGAAGCCCUGACGCCAGCUGUGAACUCACCCCCGCUGCUGCCUAUCAAGGAGGGCGACAGUUUCCAGACGACACAGCCUCGUUCUCUCUCUCCUGUGGAGAGCACUGCGCUUUGAGCAGUUCUUCAGUCCUCGUUUUUGCCUGUGCCAACAAACAUUCUAACUGAUUUCAUUAAUAUAUUUUGUUACAAUAUGUUGUUUAUUAAUUUAUGAGAGUUGCAAAAUCCUGCCAGAUCUGAAACUAGGUAGCCACGACAUGUGGAAGGCUGAUUGUAACUGAACGUAUAGAAUUAGUAUGUUGUUUUGCCAGUGUAAAAAAACUAAAUUGUAGAUCACUUGUAAAAACUUUGCAUGUUUUAUACUUGUAAUAUUUUUUUAAACAUUUUAUACUAUUGUGAGACUAUUCCACAACUGUUACCUUUUUUUAAUUUUUGCUAAAAGAUAUAUUUUUUUUAUUUGUAGUUUUAUAUUUUGUAAACACAGCAGUUUCAUACUUCUAAUACUGUAAAGCUCAUUAUGGUAUUUACUAAAAAUAAAUGAAACUUUAAAUAUCUCAUUUGAAUAUACACAACUGUUAAUAGUUUCAGUUUGUACAAAAAAUAUAAAACAUUUUGCAAUAAUGUAAAAAGAUACUAUUAAAAUUGCUUAGUAACAAGUUGUA